CACGAUUUAAAAUUCUUAUGGGCAAUCACUACGCCCGGUCCACACCGUAUGUCUAAUUUCGAAAUGACAACUCCUAUUUUCCUUUUUUUCGGAAAACAGAUUUUCCACAUUUUUACUUGGCUAAGACUAAGCCAGUUGUCCUAUUUUAAUUGGCCGUGGUCAGAUCUCCUCAACCCGUUUUGUCUUUUUUUCCAAACAUAGCCAGAUAUAGGGCACUCUCCAUACCUGUGCACACUGCCUCAUUCUUAAAAGCAAGUAAACUUAAUAAGGCCAGUAGAGUUUAUAGAAGAGGGAAAAAGCUUAAUAAGGCCAGAUAACCGGAAAAAAAUAAAGGGAAAACCAAAUGGGUGGCGAAACAUGGAGCCUGACGGCGAAGGUCUGCGACUCGUGCAAGGCGGCGCCGUCCACCGUGUUCUGCCGCGCCGACUCCGCCUUCCUCUGCCUCUCCUGCGACGCCAACAUCCACGCCGCCAACAAGCUCGCGUCCCGCCACGCGCGCGUCUGGGUCUGCGAGGUCUGCGAGCAGUCCCCCGCCGCCGUCUCCUGCAAGGCCGACGCCGCCGCCCUCUGCCCCGCCUGCGACCGCGACAUCCACUCCGCCAACCCCCUCGCCCGCCGCCACGAGCGCCUCCCUCUUGCCCCCUUCUACGACUCCGCAGCCGCCGCCGCAGCCAAGCCCGCCGCCCAGGACUUCUCCGAGGAGGAGGCCGAGGCCGCCUCCUGGCUCCUCCUUCCCAACGCCGGCGACCAGCCGGAGGAGGGCGAGGAGUCCGAAUCGCGCGAGUACAAGUCCGCUGAGUACCUUUUCACCGACGUGGAUCCGUAUCUGGAUCUGGAUCUACUCUCCGGCGAACAGAAGGCCGCUGGGAACGAUGAGAACAAACAGUAUUCUGCCGACGGGGUCGUGCCGGUGCAGAGCAAGGCCGAGUUCGGGCCGGGCCACUAUCCAGGGCCCGUUGUGGAUGGGUUCCCCACCUAUGAUAUGGAUUACCCCAUCCCCAAGCCUUUCAUGUACAAUUUUACCGCACAAUCCCUUAGCCAGAGUGUAUCCUCUUCAUCGAUGGAGGUGGGAGUGGUCCCAGACCACACAGGCGCCAUGGGCGAUGUAUCGGACAGCUUGGGAAAAUCCGAAGCUGUUCCUGUCCCAGUUUCAGGUCUGGAUCGGGAGGCUCGGGUUUUGAGGUAUAAAGAGAAAAGGAAGAACAGGAAGUUUGAGAAAACCAUUAGAUACGCGUCCAGAAAGGCGUAUGCUGAGACACGGCCGAGGAUCAAAGGCAGGUUUGCCAAAAGGUCUGAACUUGAAGUCGAAUCCUUGAUCUCGUAUGGUGUGGUGCCCACUUUUUAGGGAAAAAAAUUUAAUCUGCCGAUUUUAAUUACAUGUUUGUUAUUAUCCCUCCCAAAAUUGUUGUGUUGUUGGUCUGGGAUGAAGUAUGCUGUUUGUUGGUGAUGGGGGGUUGUGUGUACAUAUAAGUUAGGUUUGGGACAUGACUGUAUUUUCAUUAAUACUUUGUCUUGGGAAUUUUGUAGUGAAGGAUGAUGUUUUACUUUUACCCCAGUUGUAAUGUCUGUAAUGUAACUCAAGCUUUUUGUGAGUUGUACUGUUGUUGCUUUGCCAUAUUGUUAUGAUUGAUAGCUUAUAUGAACUAAAUAUAAUUGUUCCAAGUUUAGUGAGA